UCCCUCCUCCCUCUCGCACACACACCCCCGCUUGGGCCUCCUCUCUCUCUCCGGCUCCAUUUUCUCCGCCGCCGGGGGCCGGGGUCUCCUGUGGGGGGCCCAGCCGGUUCCCCAGGUCUCCCUUCAGUGCCGGGGUGAACCCCGAGGGAGCCGGGAGGGGGGAAGACGGGCGGGGGCUGGGGCGGAGGGAGCAGCGGCCCCAGCGAGUUUGGGGGGGAAGUAACCAGGCGGGGGGAGGGGCGGAGCAGGGAGGGGGCCUCAGGGCCCCCCCCCAGCUAUGGACGAGCGGCUGCUGGGGCCGCCCCCUCCAGGCGGGGGCAGGGGGGGCCUGGGAUUGGUGGGUGGGGAGCCUGGGGGCCCUGGCGAGCCUCCCGGUGGCGGAGACCCCGGAGGGGGGAGCGGGGGGGUCCCGGGAGGCCGAGGGAAGCAAGACAUCGGGGACAUUCUGCAGCAGAUAAUGACCAUCACCGACCAGAGCCUGGACGAGGCCCAGGCCAAGAAACACGCCCUAAACUGUCACCGAAUGAAGCCAGCUCUCUUUAGUGUCCUGUGUGAAAUCAAGGAAAAAACCGGCCUCAGCAUUCGAAGCUCCCAAGAGGAGGAGCCAGUGGACCCACAGUUGAUGCGCUUGGACAACAUGCUUCUGGCAGAGGGUGUGGCUGGGCCUGAGAAGGGGGGAGGCUCAGCAGCAGCAGCUGCAGCCGCAGCAGCCUCUGGGGGUGGCGUGUCCCCGGACAACUCCAUUGAACACUCAGACUAUCGCAGCAAGCUUGCCCAAAUUCGCCACAUCUACCACUCAGAGCUGGAGAAGUAUGAGCAGGCAUGUAACGAGUUCACAACCCAUGUCAUGAACCUGCUGAGGGAACAGAGCCGUACAAGGCCUGUGGCCCCCAAGGAGAUGGAACGAAUGGUGAGCAUCAUCCAUCGAAAGUUCAGCGCCAUCCAGAUGCAGCUCAAGCAAAGCACCUGUGAGGCUGUCAUGAUCCUACGUUCCCGCUUCCUGGAUGCCAGACGAAAACGCCGAAACUUCAGCAAACAGGCCACUGAGGUCCUAAAUGAGUAUUUCUACUCCCAUCUGAGUAAUCCAUAUCCUAGUGAAGAGGCUAAGGAGGAGCUCGCCAAGAAGUGUGGCAUCACCGUCUCUCAGGUCUCCAAUUGGUUUGGCAACAAGCGGAUUCGCUAUAAGAAAAAUAUUGGAAAGUUCCAAGAGGAAGCAAACAUCUAUGCUGUCAAGACAGCCGUAUCAGUUGCCCAGGGGGGCCACAGCCGCACCAGCUCCCCGACACCCCCUUCCUCUGCAGGCUCUGGUGGCUCUUUCAGUCUCUCAGGAUCUGGAGACAUGUUUCUGGGGAUGCCCGGCCUCAAUGGAGAUUCCUAUUCUGCUUCCCAGGUGGAAACACUCCGACACUCAAUGGGGCCAGGGGGCUACGGGGAUAACCUUGGAGGAGGCCAGAUGUACAGUCCUCGGGAAAUGAGAGCAAAUGGCAGCUGGCAGGAGGCUGUGACCCCAUCCUCAGUGACAUCCCCGACAGAGGGACCAGGGAGUGUUCACUCCGACACCUCCAACUGAUCUCACCCCUCAGGGUCACAGGAGUGGGGGCUCCCACAAGGCAACUCUUGAAGAGGACACAGGCUUCCAGAGGACAAACCCCAAAACAGGAGAAGCACAAAACAGAGGGGUGAAUGGGAUCAUCCCUUCUCCAACUAGACUCAGUGCUGGGGGUGCUGACUAUAUGGCAGGGAGAACGGGGCCCCUAAGGGGAGAGUGGGGUCUUUCUUUCCUUCUUUCAGUCUUUUUUUUUUUUUUCUGUCCCAUUCUCUCUCACACACACAGAAAAACAGACACCUAUUUCUCAGACCACUUUUUCUCACAUCUCUCCCCCCACACACAUACACACACACAACUAUUCUGUUUGUCUCUCUGGGUUCCCCCACUUUCCCUUCCCCACCCCACUUAAAUGCUCUGGAAUCUGGAGACGUCAGCCCUGCCCAACCCAGAGAUGCCAAAAAUGGGGACUCGACUUCUGGACAAGAGGACAUGGGCCACGCCCCCUGUGCAUCCCCACCCCUGGCCCCUCCAGACGGCUUUAUUACCUCAUAUGCAGCUCAUCUUAAACCAAUAGAAUCGCUCGGUGGACGAGAGUGUCUGACUCAGAUAUCUACCUCGGAGGGAGUUUCUGCUACUUAAGGGAAUUGUUGACUGGGCUUUGGGGUUGAACCUUUUUUUUUUUUUUUUUUUAAAGAAAAACCCUGGGAUACUUUUUUUGAUUUUCUUAUUGUUAAUUUUUAAUUUAGUUUGUGGAAUUAGGUGGUUGUUGGUUUUUGGUUUUGUUUGUUGUUUUAUUGUAUAUAAACAUACUGAUUUUUUUUUUUUAAUUUCUUGCUUUCCCAUAUUAGAGGUGAUAGCCAAAGGGAUCCUAGUAAGAGAAAGGGAACAACCAGAACUAGUAAAGAGGCCCACCUGGCUCUGGGCCUACCCAUCAAAAAGUUAGUUUUGCAGGACAACAACUCCCCUGCUUUGCCCCCCUCCAGUCACUUAGAUGGUUCUUUGUGCAGUCAAGUUUUUGCUGCAUUUGGUGUGGAGGCAUAGUGGCUUGCCCUGAAGACCACCUGUCCCCCCCCUUCCCAUAACUCUUGGGAAGAGCUGGAUUCAGAAAUUUUGGAAGAGCUCAAGGAUGCCACCUUCUCUGUGUGAUACAUCUUUAAAUUUUUUAAAAAACUAUUUGCAGAUUGGAGGAGAAUGAAUGGGGAGGGGGUUCUUGCCAAAUAUGUUAAAUAUAGGUUAGAUGCUUAUGUAUGUGUCUCCCUCAGUUUCCCCAAAAAUAAGGUCUUUUUUUUUUCCUCACACCAAAAUCAAGGGGGUGGGGAGAGAAGUUGCAAAAAGUCAGGUAUUGAGGAAGAUAAAAAGUCUCAUCCUCAGCCCUCAACCCUUAUAUCUGAUCCCCACAAACAUCCUCAGGAUUUUACAAGACUGUCAGAGUGGUGACCCCCUCCCAACAGAGAUCCAGGCAGGACUGGGGAGACAGGUUGGGAGUGAUGGGUGGGGGAGGGGGGAGGCAUGGGCCAGGGGCAGUUCUCUCCUCACUUGUAAACUUGUAGUUUCACAAAGAAAAAAAAAAACAACGCAGUUUUAAAUAAAGGAAUUUCUUUUUUCCCUGGG